AUGUUGUCGGCUCGCCAGAUUGUCCAAAAACCCGUGGCUCGUGGGUUGGCCACGGCCUCAAAGUUGACCAGAGACUCCAAAGUACACCAGAAUUUGUUGGAGGACCACUCAUUCAUUAACUACAAGCAGAACGUGGAAAAUGUGGAUAUCGUGAGAAAGAGACUGAAUAGACCACUCACUUACGCGGAAAAGAUCUUGUAUGGUCAUCUUGACAACCCUCACGGGCAAGACAUCGAGCGUGGUGUGAGUUACUUGAAGCUAAGACCAGACCGUGUUGCCUGUCAGGAUGCUACCGCUCAAAUGGCCAUUCUACAAUUCAUGUCUGCCGGUUUGCCCCAAGUAGCCAAGCCUGUGACUGUGCACUGUGACCAUUUGAUCCAAGCGCAAUUGGGAGGUGAAAAGGACUUGAAAAGAGCCAUUGACCUCAACAAGGAAGUGUUUGAUUUCUUAGCCACUGCCACUGCCAAAUACAACAUGGGUUUCUGGAAGCCCGGUUCCGGUAUCAUUCACCAAAUCGUGCUAGAGAAUUACGCAUUCCCAGGUGCUUUGAUUAUUGGUACCGAUUCGCACACACCUAACGCCGGUGGUUUGGGUCAACUGGCCAUCGGUGUCGGUGGUGCCGAUGCCGUCGACGUCAUGUCCGACUUGCCAUGGGAAUUGAAGGCUCCACAAAUCCUCGGUGUUAAAUUGACCGGCAGAAUGAGUGGCUGGACCUCGCCUAAGGAUAUUAUCCUAAAGCUUGCCGGUAUUACCACCGUCAAGGGUGGUACUGGUAAGAUCGUCGAAUACUUCGGUGAAGGUAUCAACACCUUCUCUGCCACCGGUAUGGGUACCAUCUGUAACAUGGGUGCCGAAAUCGGUGCCACUACAUCUGUCUUCCCUUACAACAACUCCAUGGUUGACUACUUGAAAGCCACCAAGCGUGGUGAAAUCUCUGAGUUUGCCGACUUGUACCACAAGGACUUGUUGUCUUCUGAUAAAGGUGCCGAAUACGAUGAAGUUAUCGAAAUUAACUUGAGCGAGUUGGAACCUUAUAUCAACGGUCCAUUCACCCCUGAUUUGGCCACUCCUAUCUCUGCUAUGAAAGAGGUUGCUGUUAAAAACAACUGGCCAUUGGACGUCAGAGUCGGUUUAAUCGGUUCUUGUACCAACUCUUCUUAUGAAGAUAUGUCUCGUGCCGCUUCUAUUGCCAAGGACGCUGCCGCUCAUGGCUUGAAGGCGAAGUCUUUGUUCACUAUCAGUCCUGGUUCUGAACAAGUUAGAGCCACCAUUGCUCGUGACGGCCAAUUGCAAACUUUCCAAGACUUUGGUGGUGUUGUUAUGGCAAACGCUUGUGGUCCAUGUAUUGGUCAAUGGGAUCGUCAAGAUAUCAAGAAGGGUGACAAGAACACUAUUGUGUCUUCUUUCAACAGAAACUUCACCUCCAGAAAUGACGGUAACCCAGAAACUCACUCUUUCGUUGCAUCUCCUGAAAUCACUACCGCUAUAGCUAUUGCCGGUGACUUGAGAUUUAACCCUAUGACCGACAAAUUGAAGGACAAGGAUGGUAACGAGUUCAUGCUAAAACCUCCAACUGGCCUAGGUUUGCCAACAAAGGGCUACGAUGCUGGUGAGAACACUUACGAAGCUCCUCCUUUAGAGCGCUCCAACGUUGAAGUCAAAGUUUCUCCAACCUCAGACCGUCUGCAGCUAUUGAAACCUUUCGAUGCCUGGGAUGGUAAGGACCCAUCUGAUCUACCAAUUUUGAUCAAGGCUUUGGGUAAAACCACCACUGACCAUAUUUCUAUGGCUGGUCCAUGGUUGAAAUACCGUGGUCACUUGGAAAACAUUUCCAAUAACUAUAUGAUUGGUGCUAUCAACGCCGAGAACAAGAAGGCUAACAGUGUUAAGAACUUCUACACUGGCGAGUACGCCGGUGUUCCAGACACCGCUAGAGCUUACAAAAAGCAGGGCCAAAAGUGGGUUGUUGUUGGUGGAGAGAACUUUGGUGAAGGUUCUUCCCGUGAACACGCUGCUUUGGAACCAAGAUACUUAGGUGCUUAUGCAAUCAUCACCAAAUCCUUCGCUCGUAUUCACGAAACUAAUUUGAAGAAGCAAGGUUUGCUACCAUUGACAUUCGCUCAGCCAGAAGCUUACGAUAGAAUUAACCCAGAUGACCUAAUUGAUCUCGUAGGUGUUAAGGGAUUAGCUCCAGGAAAGCCAAUCACCAUGAGAAUGAAGACUAAAGCUGGCGAAACUUGGGAGACACCUUUGAACCAUACUUUCAACAGUGAACAGAUCGAAUGGUUCAAGGCCGGUUCUGCUUUGAACAGAAUGGCCCUAGACAAAUAA